UCCGUUUUUCUGGUGGAGAUGGAAAAUCCUGAGGAUAAAAAGGCAAGUUAGAGAGUACACAUUCACAAGACAACACAAAAAAGAUCACAACAACACUUUCCUCUCUCUCUAGGGUUCCAAGUUUCAACUUCAAAGUGUUCAACUUUCUCUUGUUUUUCACAAAUUUGGUUGCACUUGCAACUGACCCAGAAAAGAAGGCUCACCAGGCACACGAGAGGGGAAGAGGAAAGAGAAGUAAAAACAAGAAAAGUGGAGAAAAGGAUAGUGUUGUACAGAAACAGAAAAUUCGAGUGAAAAAAAAAGGAAAAAUUUAGAAGUAGAAGGAGUGAGGUUGGAAGAUAAUAAGGAUGGGGAGGGGAAGAGUGGAGUUGAAGAGGAUAGAGAACAAGAUAAACAGGCAAGUCACGUUUGCAAAGAGGAGAAACGGGCUUCUCAAGAAAGCUUAUGAGCUAUCUGUUCUCUGUGAUGCUGAGGUUGCCCUCAUCAUCUUCUCCAACCGUGGCAAGCUUUAUGAGUUCUGUAGCAGCUCUAGCAUGCUCAAAACACUUGAUAGGUACCAGAAAUGUAGUUAUGGUGCUGUGGAAGUUAGCAAACCUGCCAAAGAGCUCGAGCAGAGCAGCUACCGUGAAUACUUGAAGCUGAAAACAAGAUUUGAAUCACUUCAAAGAACCCAAAGAAACCUUCUAGGGGAAGACCUGGGACCGCUGAAUACUAAAGAUCUUGAACAGCUUGAACGACAACUGGAUUCAUCUCUAAAGCAAGUGAGGUCCACAAAGACCCAAUUCAUGCUGGACCAAUUAGCUGAUCUUCAAAAUAAGGAGCAGAUGUUGGUAGAAGCAAACAGAUCCUUGACAAUGAAGCUGAAUGAAAUAAACUCAAGAAAUCACUAUAGGCAAUCAUGGGAAGCUGGUGAUCAAAGUAUGGCAUAUGGUGGACCGCAGAAUGCUCAUUCUCAAGGCUUCUUCCAGCCACUGGAAUGCAACCCCACUUUGCAGAUAGGUCCUGACUACAGGUACAAUGGUGUAGCUUCAGAUCAGAUAACUGCCACAUCUCAAGCUCAACAAGUGAAUGGCUUUAUUCCAGGGUGGAUGCUUUGAGCUAAUUAAGCUCAGUAUUUCAGCUGGAGACAUAAAAGCAAACACCACACAAAAGAGCAAAGCCAAAUGCUUCUUGGUGUUGUUGGCAAGGUGUAAAUGCAACCGUGCUGUUGUUUUUAUUUUGGUAUAACAAACAUCUGGUACUUGUUCAGACUUUUAAACCUUUAGCCAUAGACAUAUGGCAUGUAACACUCGGUAUCUUUCAAGGGUCUUUGAUUUAUUAAAUAUCUGAACGACCAGUCACAAUUGUCUUC